GCAGAGAAAGGUAUGGUCAAGGUGCUGCUGAGUGGAGACGUCGGCAGCCACUGGGACGCUUUGCACGCCCGAGUAGAGAAGCUGCAUGCUUCUACUCAUGGACCCUUCGACGUGGUGCUAUGUGCUGGAUUCAGCGAUCUCUCAGUCAGCUCCAUUCCUGCGUGGCCGCUGCCUGUCUACGUAUUGGGAACAAUCACCGACACCGACGAUCAGCCAAAAUGGACCUCAACCAACCUGCAUGUUGUGUCAGAAAACAGCGUUGUCAUGAUCUCUGGUUUGCACGUGGCGUUUCUGGCCGACCCCUCGGCUGUCCACAGCUUUCGCAGUGCCCUGACUGCUCAGCCCAUUGAUAUUUUGAUCUCCACCGACUAUCCUCAAGGAUUUGAACGGUUAGUGUCUCUGGAGCAAGUGCCACCGCCACUCCAACACGUUGGCCUCCAAAGUGUUGCGGAAGCCGCGGAAAUCGCUGUCCCUCGCUAUCACAUUGCAGCAACGCAUGGAUUGUUCUACCAGCGCCUGCCGUACGUCACAAGCCACGGCGCCACGCGGCACGUCACUCGAUUCAUCGGACUCGGUCAAGUGGGGGCUUCUCCCGACAAGGACAAAAAGUGGAUGCAUGCUCUGAACCUCGACGUUUUGGCUCCAGGAAGUGCGGUGGACAUCCCGGCUGGCACGACGCAAAGUCCAUACGGCGCGACCAAGCGGCCGCUGCAGAACAACAUUGCCUUCCAACCACGAAAGCGAUCUGGCUUGUCGGCUGAAAAGGCGCACGAGUUGAUGCAGCAGAGCGGGCAGCACGCUACCAAGCACUCCUUCUACGACCACACACAACACGCACGCCUUCCCAAUCGCCAAGAGUGCUGGUUCUGUUUGUCGACUCCAACGGUUGAGAUGCAUCUAAUUGUCAGCAUUGGGAACGAGGCGUAUUUGGCCAUUCCAAAGGGCCCCAUCGUCCCAGACCAUGCGCUUAUCGUGCCUAUUCAACACACGGCCUCGAUGCUAUCCAUUAGUGCAGCUGCACGCGCCGAGGUGAAUCAAUUCAAAGCCGCGCUCAAGGCAUUUUACGCUUCCCAAGGCAAAGCCAUGAUCGUGCUGGAUCGCAACGUGACAACUAUGGGUGCAGCCCAUGGCCACUUGCAAGUGAUUCCGGUUCCCGCUGCCCUCGCUCCGUCCGUGGUCGACGCUUUUCACGAAGAAGGCAAAAAGUACAACGUGAAUUUUUCUCACCUGGCAGACGAAGCCGAGAUUGAAGAACCCGAGUACUUGCUUGUGGAAUGCCCUGGCGCGGACGAGACCGCAUCUCCUCAACGUCUGCUGCAUGCUGUGAAAGGCAAGCACUACAUGCAGUUUGGUCGAGAUGCAGUCGCGGCGUUGCUGAAAGUGCCGCGUCGGGGCAAUUGGAAGUAUUGCGUCGUGCCAAAAGACCAAGAAGAAAAGAUGGCCCAAGCAUUCAAGGCCGCGUUCGCUCCGUUUGAUUUUUCCCUUGCCCUGGAAUAAUACAGAAAUCGACGACACCGUACUUGAGUGGACGCC